GUCAAAACUGCAUAAAUGAAUGUAGUAGGUGGUUUUUUUAUUAAAAUAUAUUUGUUUUUGUAAUUAUUUAAGCAUACGUAAUUAAUUUUAAUAUAAUGUAGUAAAGUAAAGCAUAUAUUCAUUUAUUUGUGUGCGAGUCGAUACAAACAAAAAUGAUCAUGUCGAAAAAAGCUCUGUUUUGCUUCGUUCUUUUAAGCUUCAUUCAUCAAUCAAUUAAUAAUACAAAUAUCACUAUAACAUCAAGAUCUCUCACAUCCCCAUUGGAACAGUUUCAAUACUACAAAGAUGUCGAUAUGAUUCACUUAAAUAUACCUCAGGAUACGAUAUUCGCUUCAUUCAAGUUUAUGGCCUACGAAAAUCGAUUGUCUAUUUUUCGUUGUUCGACAAGAAAUGUUUCCGUGUUUAUGAAACACGGGGCUGCUCCUGUUAUUAAUCCCGACGGCGCUCCUUUUCCGAAAUUAUUUAAAAAUAUAACCAGGAGCCCUGUGUAUAGUUUAGAAAUACCCACUACGAAGAAGGAAGCAUUUAUUAACAUUACUUCUCCUAGUCCGGGUUCAUACAUUGCUGUUGCGUUUUUAUCCUACCAGGAUCCCAAGUAUAAUGCCAUUAGUCAGGAAGGUUUGCGAGCAGACUGCGACGCCUACCUGGAAGCCUCGCUAUUCAUAAGCAAAAUCGACAAUCCUCUACUCAUAACCGACGAAAAUCUGUUCCAAAUGACCAGCCAGGCGAACGAGAGCCGCUACUACAAAUUCUUCGUGCCGAGUUCCUACGAUCAGGCGGUUCUAUUCGUCAAUACCAUUACAUUCCCCGAUAAUUCCAAUCUUCUAACAGUGAGAAUCGAAGCUAACAGACCCCCAUCGUCCGAAGUACACCACAAGCAAGAAUUCAUCUACUCGAAUUCCAGCUCAUCCGUGAUAUUUUUCUCCACCAACCCCGAUUGUUGGCAUUACAUCGAAUUCCACUUCAACGAAGGCAUCGUCGACAACACGACCAGCGGGAAUCUAACGUUCGAGCUCAAGUUCAUUUCCAACGAACUGCCCGAAAGUUCCUACUACUACGGGCUGCUCCAAAACGAAACUCUAUUCAACAACUCGGUAUCGAAGACGUUCCACGAUUACAAACUGACGAAUUUGAUUCCGUACAAACAGUACGAUUUGAUAAGAGAAGCCACUUCGGAGACGUUUUUCUUCUCCUUCGAGCUGGAAAAAGAGCUGGAUUCCCGGGUGCCGAUCGCCAUGAACAUGACCGAUUCCCAUUUUUCCUUGCUCAAAUUCAAGCUGAGAGAAGGAACCGACGUGGGCGGGACGUUGCAGUUUAUUUUGGCGUUCAAACCGCGCGUGGAAAAGUCGGAGGCCACCGGGAAAUUCGUCUUCGAAUCGGAGCCCUCCAGUCACGUUUUGGUGGCUUGCAUAAGACGGGGCGCCAUGGAAAUACCGACGUGGCCCAAUAAGUGCGCUUAUAACGGCGUGGAAAGGGAGUCGCAGUUGAUAUUGAACGCUACUAGCGAGAAUUCUACGGUGCUUAUUCCCUAUCCGGAAAGUGGGACUUGGUACGCGACGUUUAAGCUGUUUUGCAGCGACUGCGAACCUUGCACCUGCUCGAACUACUGUCAGGAUAUCUACAAGCAAUGCGUCAUCGACUGCGAACUGAACUGCGACCUUCCGUGGGACUGCCAGUCGUGCACGACGAAUUGCAGCUCCCAAAUCAUCGCCACGGAGGAGUGCAAAGGAUGCGAUUGCGACGGGCCCUGUUCGAAGAACACCAACGCCAGUUGCUCCACCAGCAUUCUCUUCGACAUCGGCUCGCACCCUUGCAUUUUCGGGCAGUGCUCGAGGAACGGCAGAUGCAUGUUCUUGGUCUCCGACGGCGUGGUGUUCUCCACGUGCGUUUGUAUGAACAAAUAUCGAGGUUGGGAUUGUUCGGAUAACUCGCAAGCCACCCCGUACUCCAUGGUAGUCAUCGAGUUCCUCUUUCUCGUCUUGAGCAACUUGCUCUUCCUGCCGUCGGUUUACGUGGCCUACAAACGUAAGUACUACGUGGAGGCGGUUUCCUAUCUGAGCAUAUGCUUCUUCUCGGUGUUCUAUCACUGUUGCGACGCCGGCGAGAAUUUGAUAAACAUGUGCAUAGUCAAUUUGUCUGCGUUGCAAUUCGGCGAUUUCUUCUGCGCUAUAUUGGCUAUAUGGGUCACGUUGGUGGCCAUUGCGGAUUUGCCGGGUUUGUGGACGAACAUCUGCCACAUGAUGGGGGCUAUAGUCCUGGCUUUUUUCACUACUAUUAACAAAACGUCCCUGUGGGUGUUCGUCGUGCCGGCUAUAACCGGAGUUAUUUUGAUAGCCGCCAGUUGGACGGUUAAAUACAGGAAAAUUAAGCAGAGAUUCGCCAACAGGAAUUAUUUGUUCUAUCGAUUGCCAUUCGGUUUCACCAUCGUGGCGGUUAGCCUGACUUGCUACGCUUUCUUGCAAACCGAAAAUAAUUAUUGGUACCUCCAUAGCAUUUGGCAUAUGAUGAUGGCUGUGUCGUUGACUUUGAUAUUACCUAAACCUAACACGUUCGUCCCCGAAGUGAUCUUGUAGAUACGGGUAAAUGAUAUAUUUCUAUUCCAAUUUACGUACCUAAAGUGAUUUUUAACAAUAACAGUAAGAGGCAGAGAGUCGAUAUUUUUCGAAUUGCAUUAACAAGUUUAUUCGAAACUGAUAGUUUUGGUAAAAACAUUGAGAAUUUUUAUCUCUCUGUUGGAUGUUGUAAUUUUUGCUCUUUCAUUCGAUUGUAAAUGAACUUUUUUUCGGUAUUCGUGCCUUCGUAAACGAAUUAAUACAAAGCCGAAAAUAAUGUCGGUAUUAAUUUUUCAGGGAUAGUCAGGUAACCAAUUAAAAAUUACAACUGCCAUGUCAUAAUUACAAAUUCAUAACGAUAAGUUUUUUUUUCUGCAAUUCACUUGUAUGUAGGUUUUUUAUACUAUUUUAUUUAUAUUCUUUAUUUAGUUGUUUUUUUAUAUAUUAUGAAAAAAAUCCAUAAAAAUAUUUAAAGGGAGUCUGUAAAGUAUCUGAAACUUUCAGAACAUGCCUUUUGUAAUCAAAGUGAAGUUUCAUAGAAUGAUAUUUAAUUUUAUUUCGAAGACUUUUUUUUUGGUAAUUUAAGAAUCGUACUACUCGUUUUAAGCAUUAAAAACCCUUUAAUUAAGCUAAUUUUUAACGCUGUUGGCG